CACGUUCCAAAGACAUGCUGGUAGGUUAAUUGGCUCCUGUCUAAAUUGUCCCUAUAUGUGUAUGUAUGAAUGUAAAAGGACAAAUCCUGUAUGGUAAUUCCAGUGAAAGACUGUAUCAUACAGGGGCGGACUGACAACUCAUGGGGCCCCCGUGCAAUAGGGGAUCGUGAGGCCCCUGUGUCCUCGCCUAUACUCAAACCACACCCAAAAAAGCCAGUGAAAGGUACCAGGGGCAUCUCAUGGGGCCCCUUACUGACUCCGGGCCCUCAGGCAGUGCCCGAGUUUCCGAAU